GUAGUCCCUCUGUUUCUGGCAUGUCAGAUAUGGAUUAUCCAUUACAGGGACCUGGCUUUCUUUCAAUUCCCUGCCUUCCAGAAAUAAGCUCAAUUCGAAGAGUUCCUUUACCCCAUGAACUUGUUGAGCAAUUUGGACAUAUGCAGUGUAAUUGUAUGAUGGGAGUGUUUCCUGAGAUCAGUAGGGCAUGGCUGACCAUCGAUAGUGACAUCUUUAUGAAUUAUGAAGAUGGGGGAGACCUUGCUUUUGAUGGUCUCAGUGAAACCAUUCUUGCAGUUGGAUUGGUGAAACCAAAGACAGGCAUCUUUCAGCCACAUAUACGGCACUUGCUGGUUUUAGCUACUCCUGUGGAUAUAGUAAUUUUAGGACUCAGCUAUACUACCUUGCAAGCAGGCACUGGAACGCUGAAUGAUAGUAUGUCUGGUGGAAUGCAGCUUCUCCCUGACCCCCUUUACUCACUUCCUACUGAUAACACCUAUCUGCUGACUAUAACCUCUGCUGAAAAUGGGCGCAUUUUUAUGUCUGGCAAGGAUGGUUGUCUGUAUGAAGUUGCUUACCAGGUAAGCAGAAGCAGCUGGUUCAGUCAGCGCUGUAGGAAGAUCAAUCACUCGAAGAGCACUCUUUCUUUUCUUGUUCCGUCUUUACUGCAGUUCACGUUUUCAGAAGAUGACCCAGUUGUUCAAAUAGCCAUUGACAACUCCCGAAACAUUUUAUAUACACGCUCUGAAAAAGGGGUGAUACAGGUUUAUGAUUUAGGUUCCGAUGGCCAAGGGAUGGUGAGAGUUGCUUCUGUUUCUCAGAAUGCUAUUGUGUCUGCAGCUGGAAGGGUUGCCAGGUAAAUUGACAUCGAUCGUUCGGUGUUUAAACCAAUUGUCCAGAUUGCAGUGAUUGAAAAUUCUGAGUCUAUAGAUUGUCAGUUACUGGCAGUCAGUCAUGCAGGUGUACGGAUGUAUUUAGUGUAUGUCCAUUUAAGCAUCUUUGCUCGGCCUUCAACUUUAACAUUGAUUCAUAUCCGCCUACCUCCGGGAUUUUCUGCAGCUUCUAAUGUGGAAAAGCCGUCAAAGGUUCACCGAGCUUUAUAUAGCAAAGGUAUUCUCCUUAUGGCUGCUUCAGAAAAUGAAGAUAAUGAUAUCCUGUGGUGUAUUAAUCACGAUUCUUUCCCUUCAAAACCAAUGAUGGAAACCCAGACAAAAACAGCUGUCGAUGGGCAUUCUUGGGCACUUGCUGCCAUAGAUGAACAAAAUGUUCCUAAGAUUGUAACACCACUGAACAAAGAAUUAAUUCCAAUAACAGAUUCUCCUAUGGUUGUGCAACAACAUAUGUUACCACCAAAGAAAUUUGUUCUACUGUCAGCACAGGGGAGUUUUAUGUUUCAUAAACUCAGACCAGUGGAUCAGCUAAGACAUCUCUUUGUGUGCAAUGCAGGAGGGGAUGGAGAAGAUAUUGAAAGAUUUUUUAAACUUCAUCCAGUAGAACAAGCUUGUGCUACUUGCCUAAUCCUUGCCUGCUCUUCUGCUGCUUGUGAUAGAGAAGUAUCUGGCUGGGCUACUCGAGCAUUUUUCAGAUAUGGUGGUGAAGCUCAGAUGCGGUUCCCCUCUAGUCUGCCACCUCCAAGCAAUGUUGGGACAACAUUAGGCUCUCCUCUGCUACCUGGUUCACCUCUGCCUGCUGGUAGCCCCUACUCCAAUCCAAGCUUUUUGGCAACACCCGCACAAGGUUUGCAGCCUCCUACCAUGUCCACUCCAAUAUAUCCUGCAGUUGGUCAUAUGACUCAGCCUGGCGCUUCAAUCAGUGGGAUGAUGUGUCCUGAGAUCGUAUAUUCUGGAAAGCACAAUGGUGUCUGCUUAUACUUUUCCCGAAUAAUAGGAAACGUUUGGGAUGGAAGUAUAGUUGUGGAGAGAGUUUUCAAGAGUGGCAAUCGAGAAGUUGUAGCGGUUGAAAGCAGUGUUCCCCCACAACUAUUAGAAUCAGUGCUACAGGAAUUAAAAGGGCUGCAAGAAUUUUUGGACAGGAAUUCCCAUUUUGCCACAAUAGGAUCUCUUAGAAAUCCCAGUUUCAUCAACCCAGCUACCCUGCAACAGCGUUUACUUGGAGUGAUGCAGUAUGAGGUUGGAAGCUCUCAACAAAUGCAGCAAGAAGUUCAGAGGAAGUUUCAUGCAGAAGCACAGUUAUCUGAGAAAGCUUCCCUACAAAGCAUCCAACAGCUGGUGCGGAAAACUUGCCAAGCGCUGGCUCUGUGGAAGCUUCUUUGUGAACAUCAGUUCAAUAUUAUUAUAGGUGAACUACCAAAGGAGUUUCAAGAACAUCUGAAGAUUACUACUUUCAGAGACCUCGUCAUUAGAGAUAAAGAACUAACUGGAGCCGUUAUCGCUUCCCUUAUCAACUGCUACAUCAGAGACCAUGCUGCUGUGGAUGGCAUCAGUUCACAUUUACAAGACAUUUGUCCGCUACUGUACAGCACAGAUGAUGCCAUCUGUUCUAAGGCAAAUGAACUACUGCAAAGAUCCAGACAAGUUCAGAACAAGUCAGAAAAAGAUAAAAUGUUAAGAGAGUCAUUGAAAGAAUACCAAAAAAUUAGCACUCAGGUGGAUCUUGCCAACGUCUGUGUACAGUAUAGGCAAGUGCGUUUCUAUGAGGGUGUGGUAGAACUUUCUCUGACAGCUGCAGAGAAAAAGGAUCCCCAGGGCCUCGGACUUCAUUAUUACAAAAACCAUGAACCAGAAGAGGAUGUUACUGGCUGGCAGGCUUUCCAGGAGAGGUUAAAUUGUUAUAAAUGCAUCACAGACACCCUUCAGGAGCUGGUUAAUCAAAGCAAAGCUGCCCCUCAGUCUCCCAGUGUGCCCAAGAAACCAGGCCCUCCUGUUUUGUCCUCUGAUCCCAACAUGCUGAGCAAUGAGGAAGCGGGACAUCAUUUUGAACAAAUGCUUAAACUGGCUCAACGGUCCACCGAUGAACUUUUUAGUAUUGCCCUUUAUGGCUGGUUGAUUCAGGCUGAUUUAUCAGAUAAACUGCUGCAGGUAAACUCUCCCUUCCUGGAGCCAUAUUUGGCACGCAUGGCCAAAAUUGAUCAAAACAAAGUUCGCUAUAUGGAUUUGCUAUGGAGAUUUUUUGAGAAAAAUAGAAGUUUUAGUAAUGCAGCCCGGGUGCUCGCAAAAUUGGCAGACAUGCACAGCACUGAGAUUUCGCUUCAGCAGCGCCUUGAAUAUAUUGCCCGUGCCAUCUUGAGUGCUAAGAGCUCAACAGCGAUAUCGCCAAUAGCUGCAGAUGGGGAGUUUUUGCAUGAAUUGGAAGAGAAAAUGGAAGUUGCCAGGAUACAGUUUCAAAUACAAGAAGUCUUACACCAUCAGUGUUCUCAUCAUUCUUCAGUGCAAGAUGCAGUUUCCCAAUUGGAUUCUGAGUUGAUGGAAAUUAGCAAGCUCUAUGGGGAAUUUGCAGAUCCUUUCAAACUCUCUGAGUGUAAAUUGGCCAUUAUACAUUGUGCUGGACAUUCAGAUCCUAUCUUAGUGCAAACUCUUUGGCAAGAAAUAAUUGAAAAAGCACUGAGUGACAGUCUUGCAAUGAGUGCUCCUGAUAGGAUGCAGUCUCUUAGUCUGAAGAUGGUAACGCUUGGGAAGAUUUAUGCUGGAACACCACGCUAUUUCCCUUUAGAUUUCUUAGUACAAUAUCUAGAACAGCAAGUUUGUUCUUUGAACUGGGAUGUGGGAUUUGUAACUUAUACAAUGCAAGAAAUUGGUGUCCCACUACCACGGCUUCUUGAAGUAUAUGAUCAGCUCUUUAAAGCACGGGAUCCCUACUGGAGCAAAAUGAAGAAACCAUUACAUCUUUUGGAAUGCAUACAUGUACUGCUAUCAGGAUAUGUGCAAGAUCCUAACAAAGUAGCUACUUUUGAAAGACGGCGAUUCACAAAUAUCUGCUUAGAUGCUGUUAGCCGUUACCUUGUUGAAUUGCAGUCUAUAAGUCCGACACUAGCUGUACAGACCAUUACAGGGAGCUUUAAAUCUCUGCAAGCGAAAUUAGAGCGGCUUCACUAAGUACAGUGAUGCAUGUCUACUUGUCCAGGUGAAUUGGCUGUUAAUGUACUGGAACUUGAAAAGGCAAAAAUUCUGAUAAGACUAAAGGAAAUCAACUUCCUACUGAUCAGUUUUCUAGUGUCUCUUCUUAAUGAAUGUCACACGGAGCAGAAUGUAUAAAUAACAUUGUUUUAUUGUGUUCUUUUUUUUACUACUGCCAAAUUUUUCUAACAGUGAAACUGUUUUAUAUGCUUUGGAUUAAGAUGCAUUGUAUAAUUGUGUUCUGGCGAUUAAACUUAUUUGUAAAAUGG